UGACAGCAAAUUGUACUCUCAAUCAAACACCUACGUGUCCAUACCCAAUUAGUCAAUGACAGUUGACACACACGAAUUAGCUGUACACAAACACAUUUCGAUACAAUUUCCGUUACACAAAAGAUCUAACUCAAAACCCUUGAAAAACUUGCAUCAGUUACUUCACACCUUCAAUUUCUUCUCCAACAAGAAAUCAAAAUCAUGAGUGAACCAGGAAAGGACAACAAUCAACAUCAGUACCAACAUCAUCCGGAUCAACCGCAACCGUCACCGGCACCGGCGCAUCAGUACGGCACUUUUCAGCCGGUGAUCGGAUUUCCUCAGCCUGUUCCGCCUCCCGGAGCUCACGGCGGACCGUCGGUUGAUCCUUAUGUUCACGGCUACCAAGCCGUUGCAGGUUAUGUUGUUGCUGAAGGACGACCUGUGAGAGAACCUCGCCUUCCUUGCUGUGGUAUUGGUAUUGGAUGGUUUUUGUUCAUUUUGGGUUUCUUCGUAGCUGCAAUCCCCUGGUAUGUUGGAGCAUUCAUUCUACUAUUUGCUCAAUACGAUAACAGAGAGAAACCUGGAUAUGUUGCGUGUCUAAUCGCUGCUAUAAUUGGAACAAUUGCUGUGAUUUUUGGUGUUACAAGUUGAUGACUGCUUCACCAAGCGUGUAAGGUCAGUCGUACUGGAUUAAGAAGUCUUGACUGAUGCAUAUAACUAUAUAAGAAAUCAGUCUAGUUGAUGGUCCCUUUGUUUUUACAUUUUAUAUUAAUAUGAAAUUGAUUGUAUUAUGAUGUGAAUUUGUAGUGUGGGUCUGUGUUACUUGUAUGUUUCCUCCUUAGUUGUUAAUUGCAUUUGUAUGUAAUGUAUAUAAUAACCACUAGUCCUAUACAAAACUACAAAGAAUUAUGUGUUUCAAGUAUUUCUCAUUGUAACUUGUAAGUUUCUCCAUGCAAAUUAAUGUUGGGUUGUUGUGAUAAAAAGAUUUGGGUGAUUU